AAGAUCUGCAAAGCUCCGCUUCUGUAGAGAUUUGGUUAAGAAGACACCGUGCUUUAAUCAAGCCCCCAUCCUCUUAAGUCCGGCCCUGUAUACAGUGUAUUCAGAGCUCCGUGGAUGCCGCUUCUGUCUUCCCGGGAACGGGACGAGACACAAGCGGCAGAAGCCCUCGGGACAGCGGGAAAACGUUUUGGUGAUCUUGUGUGUGUUUGCUGCAUCCUCUGCACAAGACUUUUGUUAUCCUGGCAAGGAGAGCUGCAGCAGUACAGAUCACAAUGGAGAAAAUCCCGUAGAAUACGACGCGUAUCUGCACACUUGUGGAAACAUCACAUAUAACACCUCCGAAGGUUUAUGCUGCAAUGGUAAGCUAAUUUGUGGAUUGAGCAAACUGGUUGCUGACUGCUGUGAAUCCAACGCCUUCAAUCCUUUAAAUGAGAUAUGCUGUAAUGGUAGUAUUCUCAUUCUAACCCAUUUCAGUGAGAGGUGCUGUGGCUCAGCGACAUACUUGGAGAAAACGCAUGUGUGUUGUGGUAAUAAAGCAGUUAUCAGAAACAGUAGUGAAUCCCGCUGUAAUGGAAGUGUUCCACCAGAGAGUAACAGUCAUAGUGCUGGCAAAAUUCUGAAGUGUGGAUCACGCCUCUACGACCCUUUAAUGCAAAUGUGUUGCUCAGGCCACAUAUAUAUGUUAUCAGCACGGCACAAGUGCUGUGGUGCAAAAGCCUACGACAUUUCUGAGAAGGUGCUGUGCUGUAAUGGGAUCCUUUAUGACAAUUUACCUGAAAACUCACAGUGUGUGGGAGGUUUUAUAUAUAUGGAAAACCAGACCAUCAUGACUUGUGGCUCAAAUGUGUCCAACAUAUCCAACGUUGGUAGGAAAGCCGAGUGCUGUGGAAAGCUCCCCGUGGGGAAGGAUCAAACUUGCUGUUCAUCCUCAAGUCAUGCCAUGCGUUAUGAAAAUAAAACAGAUCACCAUUGCUGUGGGCAUCAGUAUUACAACAAGUCCCUAUGGGGCUGCUGCGCUGGAGAUCUAACACCAACACCAAAGAAAGGCUCCCCUGCAGAGUACACACUUAAGCCGCUAACCGACCUGAUCCCCAUCAUGUGCAAUAAAACAGUGGUCUUUGGAAAGGUGGAAAGUGUCGCGCUUCAAAAUCUUGUCAAUCGUACCAUCUGGCUUAGAGUUGUGAGGGAGGUCAGUCUGCAUCACUGUAAAUCUUUGCAUCUGGUGUCACUGGAUCACUGCAGCUCUCCCGUCCUAGAGAUUGGCAAAACCUACCUCUGGGAGACAAACGGCAAUGGGUUUAAGCCUCUCUCUCUUCCUAUUGGUCAAGCCUCUGACAUUCACAUGUUUUUUACUUUAUGUAACAAGGUCAAUGAAACAAUUUGUGAUGUCUAGCAAAUUCAUGCUGUAUAUAGCAUUAUGUCUUACAGCAUAGUAUAUUAUAUUUAGUUCAGAUGACCUACUACAUACAGUAAUGUUUAUUUUAUCCCAUAAAAUGGAUUGAUCUCAUUUGGACUGACUGAAUUAAACCAUAUUUUUCCUUUAGAAAUGUUUAAGUCUAAGUUUAAGCUACUUUUAAAAUGUGAACACGUGCGAAAGGCAAAUCUGAGAGAAAAUUCAGGGGAUAAAAUAAAUAUUGCUCAGAGCUUGCUCUCUAUGAUAUUUGAGUUCUCAGUUAUGUUUCAUUUAAACACUUAAACGUUGUCGUGUGUGUUUCUCCUAAAAUUGCUUGGGACAAACAACUGUUGACAUAGAGUAUAUUAAGAAUAUGAAAUCACAAACUUAGAUUGCACAGCUAAUAUAAUGUGGUGUUGUAUACAUUUGAUUUAUUUUGUAUUUGUUUGAAUGUAUAUUGAAAUCUUCGAUAUCAAAAGAUAUGCAAGAUUUACACACUUAAGUGUCUUGGCAAAUUUGCACUCCUAAAAAUAAAGGUGUUACAUAAUGCCAUAGAACUCUUUUUGGCACAAUGGUUCCAAAAACAACAAAAGGUACUUGCUAAAGUGUUAGAGGGUUCUUAAGACCAUGAAAAGGUAUGAAACAAACUCUUUUAAGAACCUUGUCCUAAAUGGUUUAUUUGAGAACCAAAAAUGGAACUUCUAUGGCAUUGCUUUGAAUAACCUUUUGUUGUGCCUUUAUUUUUAAGAGUGUGGCCACGAUUUCUAUUGCACUGUUGAGAUCUCUUCUAAAACUCUAGUCGGAGUCUCCCACAUAUACACACUUAAAAAUAAAGGUUCUUAAGAGGUUUGUGUCGGGCUGUUGUUCGAAAAACAACAUUUAUCAUUCAUAAUCUGUUUUUGUUUUGUUGCACUAAAAGCUAUUUGAAACAAAAAAUAAUGUGAAAGAAUCCACAGACUUUGAGAAGGUUCUGUGGCACUUCUAAUGUGGCAUUACUGAAUAGAACCUUUUUGGCACCUUUAUUUUCACGAGUGCAAGGCACAGGAAGUUUUUUUUUAUUUAAAUCUCAUUGCUGUCUAGGGUAACAGCUGAGAUAUUAAAGAUACGUCACUUUUGAUUUUUCUUUCAGGUAGAUUCAGCUAUUUUUAUCCAGUUCUAGAAUAUGUUUUUAAAUUUAAUGUAACUGUGCUGUAUCAUUUUGUAUAUUGCAAAAUGUACUGCAUGACGUAACAAGAAUUAUCAUCAUGUACUGUAAUAUGAUAUUUUAUCAGUCUCAGGUCCAGUUUACUGUCCUUGUUCAGAUUUAGAAUGGUUUCAUAACCCUUUAUAUUUUAAAAUUCAAAGGUGCUUUCAACAUCAUGUGAUCAUUUUGAGUAAAUCUUUGUGUUAAAUUUGCUUUAUCACAGGCCAUAUAAAGCUAAUUUAAUUAUGCAUCCACAGUAUUUAAACAAUAAGCUUUUUGCAUUUUUUCAUUCAAGAAAUUGACUAAUUUUUGCCAAACAUAUAUUAUCUAUGCCCUUGUUCUACCUAUAUACUCUUUUAAAGAUAAGCUUAUCACACAAUUGCAAUAUUACGUGUGUGACCACAAAUGCUUUAUACCACUUGUACCUGUAUAAGAUUUUAGACAUGGAAUUAUGCAAAAGCAUGUUGCCUUGGACAUGGCAAAUUUUUUGCCAUUUAUUGUAUUGCAUAUCAUAUCAUAUUUGUUCUUAAAUAAAAUGUUUGUGUGUUGAA